AUGGGCUCCAGGUACCCGCGGUCGAUCCGGAGCUGCCUGCCCCUGUGGGCCCUGCUCCUGGAGACAGCUCUCCUCCUCCUCAUCUUCUUCACCGCCUAUGAUGUUCCCUUAAUGGACCAGAAAACGUUCAUGGGGACCUAUCAAGUCUUCCAGGAGUUUAUCAUCAUGGCCGUCCUGGGCUUGGGCUUCCUCAACGCAUCUUUGCAGAAACAGGGCUGGAGCAGCGUGGCCUUCGGCCUCUUCAUGCUGGUCCUGGCCAUCCAGUGGGCUAUCCUGACAGACAGCUUCACCGAUUGGCUCCUCAGUGGGAACGUGCCCAACAAACUGACCAGUUUCUACCCGGCCUCCAUGAGCGCCAUCACUGUGCUCAUCUCCGCGGGGAUGGUCCUGGGGAAGGCCAACUUGGUGCAGCUGACAGUGAUGACGCUACUGGAAGUGACAGCCAUUGGCAUCAUGAGGACAGUCGGCUCGACAUUAUUCCAGUUGGACCACCACAUGGACAUCAUGUUCUUCCCCAUCUUCGCGGCCUAUUUUGGGGUGAUUGUGGCCAGGUGCCUCGCAAAGCCUCUUCCCAAGGGAUCGGAGAAGAAGACCCAGAUGGCUACGCCCUCCAAUUUGUUUGGCAUGCUGGGUACUCUCUUCUUGUGGAUAUUCUGGCCAAGUUUCAACUCUGCUCCGCUGAACAUUCUAGACAACAAGAGGACGGCUCUUCUCAACACCUACUUCGCCCUGGCAGUCAGCGCGGUGACCGCCACCUCAGUGUCAGCUUUGGCUCACCCCCACGGGAAGAUCAACUUGGUUCACGUGCACAACGCUGUGCUGGCUGGAGGCGUGGCUUYGAGUGCGCCAGCCUCCCUGAUUUUCUCCCCUUGGAUUGCCAUGGUGCUGGGCCUGCUGGCUGGCUUGAUCUCCAUUGGGGGAGCCAAGUGUCUGGCGAGUUUUAACUACAUGCAGGUGACCCAGGACUUCAGCGGUGUGCAGUACACCUUCGGCCUGCCGGGCCUGCUCGGGGUGGCCACCUACAUCGUGCUGCUGCUCUGGACCUCUUCAUCCCAGGUGACUGGCAACCAGAUGCUCACGAUGAUGGGGGCUUUCAGCUUCGCCGUGUUGAUGAGCCUGGCCUCCGGCCUCCUGACAGGUUUGCUUCUAAGACUCAAGAUCUGGAAAGCGCCUCAUGAGGCUAAAUAUUUUGAAGAUCAAACUUUCUGGGAGUUUCCUCACUUGGCUGCCGGAUUUUAAGCAAAAGCAUCCAAGAAUAACACGACAGACUGAUCUUGGAAACAAGCCAGCUUCCUGUCCCUGGUGCCCAUCUUUGUACACGAUAUCACUACAGCAAGGUCUUCUUAUGUUGA